UUGUUUUCCCGUUCAUCUCUGAACAGGAAGGAUGUCUUGCAAUUUUAAACACCAUUCCUAAAAAGGUGAGGCGCAAACGCAACAAAUGAACUUUUAAAGAGACAAACACGCUGAAAAUAAGGUACUACAGCUGAAAGACUCCAGGAAACCACAGCCUCUACUCGAGCCUUGUUCCUUGUCCGAAGUCAUCGCUAAAUCCCGACCGCUGGAAUCAGUUUCCCGCAGAUGCAAACCCUUUUAGGAGUUGAGAGGCCUCCUAACAGUUAUACUGCUGCAAGCGGCUGGCCCUUUCGACCACAACUCCCGUAGUGCCCCGCGCAGGAGCUGGUCCACAGCUCCCGUCGUGCCCCGCGCGCAUUCUGGCUGGGGCUGGCCGCACCGCUGCGAUGAUGUUGGCUGCGGCUGCUGAGCGAAACAAGGAGCCCAUCUUGUCCGUACUCCGCCAGUAUGUGGAUCCUGCCCAGCGCUGUGUUCGCGUGCUCGAGGUGGCCUCGGGCUCCGGACAGCACGCGGCACACUUUGCACAGGCCUUCCCGAAUGCCGAGUGGCAGCCGUCGGACGUGGACCAACGCUGCCUGGACAGCAUUGCCGCCACUACCCAAGCCCAAGGGUUGUCCAAUGUGAAGGCUCCGCUGUACCUGGACGUGACCUGGGAGUGGGAGCAAUGGGGUGGCAUCCCACCGCGAUCGCUGGACCUGUUGCUCUGCAUCAAUAUGAUCCACAUCAGCCCCCUGAACUGCACAGAGGGGCUCUUCAGAGCAGCAGGGCACCUGCUCAAAACCAAGGCUGUGCUGAUCACCUACGGGCCCUAUGCCGUCAAUGGGAAGAUCUCUCCCCAGAGCAACGUGGACUUUGACCUGACCCUCAGAUGCAGGAACCCAGAGUGGGGGCUUCGUGACACAGUCCUUCUGGAGGAACUAGGCCAGGCCAGUGGCUUGGUCCUGGAGAGGAUGGUGGACAUGCCAGCCAACAACAAGUGCCUGAUUUUCCGGAAAGAAUAGCAUCUCUGUCAAAAGUUGUCACGGUACAAGCUGGACCUCAGCCCCUCCCUCAGUCCUUGGGAUAAAUUAGCCCCUCCUGGUCUGGUGGCCACAGGGUUAUAGAGAACCUGGUCUGAAUGGGCCUUAAAAUAAAGCCUUUCCAGCCCACUGUGGGCUAUCUAUACCA